CAUUGUUUAUGAAAUAACAAAAGAAAGGGGAAAUUGUGGAGGGAAGUUGAUGGGACUUUUUUGCUCACUCUUCGACCAUUUCUUCAUCAUCGGAAUCCAUUCAGUCUCCCGUGAGCCCACAUCACUCAACUGAGGUAUGACGGAAGGUCAAGCGCCUUACUACGGUUGAUCAUCCCCUAAUAGAUUCGAGCCCAAUCCACCGUAAACUUGCUAGGAAGCCGCUGUUCCGCCUCCUCAUCUUGAUCCGAGCUCUACCUAAGCCUGACCAUUUUGACCAGGAAGUAAUCGGUCAAGAUCCAUUACGAGUUCAGAUGGAUAGGUUACUCCAGGAGACUCAAACCUGGUUAGGUCAAUUUGAGUGGCUGUUUGGGUUUUCCAAUGUGGAUAUUCUAUCGCGUUGUGCACAAAUGCCCUCAUCGUGGAUCCGUUGGCUCGAGGCCGUCCAUUUGGCUGAUCUUAAAGCGGCGAUACAAGGCAGAUAUGGGUCCGAUAUGGCGGAAUCCAACCUACCCCAUGAGGUCCAAGCCUUUUUCCUGGUUCGGUGUCGCUUGCAGGACCAAUUUCGGGCCCAUCUAUGCAGGAAUAUCCUGGAACAAGCACUACCUCAUCCCACAAGUUCGUUUGUGCUCCAUAAUGAUGGGAUUCCGGCCAAGAAGCGGCACGAAAUCACGCGACUCUCGCAAUUCAUCGGACAGGCUUGUCAGACGCACAGUUUACGCAAAGUCGUAGAUGUGGGUUCGGGUUUGUCGUAUCUAGAUGAGAUAUUAGUCCGUCAAUGGAACUUGUCCGUGCUAGCCAUUGAGGGCAAUUCGUCACACAUGGAACGAGCCCGCUUGCGCACAUUGGAUUUGAACCCCGCGUCUCUGCGCUUAAAGAAAGCCUUCAUUGCCAACGCUUCCGACCUUAAGACGUGCUUGGCUGACUUUCUGGAUGAUCCUGAUGAGCCUUUGUCUUUGAUCGGACUCCAUUGCUGUGGAGACCUGACGCCCAAUUUGCUACGGCUUUUCUUACAAUUGCCCAAUCUCCGUAUGAUUUCGCUGGUACCUUGCUGUUAUCAUCAGAUUGGUCCGCAGUCUCCCAAUUUGUGUCUGUCGAAUGCGAGCAUGAAUAGCCGUUACUCAAACAGUCUUCAUACUCAUUUUGCUCGACGUUUAGCCGCCCAAGCGUCCGUUUCCCAAUGGUUAGAACAGACCGUGGCCGAUCAUGAGGCUCACCAAAUCCAAUUCGGAGUUCGAGCAGCCGUCCAGACCUGGGUUCGAAAACACGGAGCCAGUUUAAAAAAAAGAACUCGGAGAGGCUAUCGACGGAGUGACUCACCCAGGACUGUGGGUGGUGCUUUAGAAGCGUUUUGGGGCCGCUUUGAGUUGCAAUCCGACCAAGAAUCGGAUCCCGCUGACUUACUUAGUUGGGUCUUGUCCCAUGAGCCGUCUUUUCCUCUGUUGGAAAAGUUGACUGGUUUGCAGAUGAGCUUACAACUUUUGUUAGAAAAUUGUAUUCUAUGGGACCUUGUUGAAUUUUUACGGGACAACGGCCUGACCAAUGCCUCUCUAAUUGAACUAUUUCAUGCUAAUAUAUCACCCCGAAAUAAGGUUCUUCAUGCUACCAAAGGUGACUAGGCUCUGCAGGCUGUGAUUUCUUAUUCAUAUAUAUUUUUUUUUUAG